AUGUUCUACAACAAUAUCAUCGCUGCCUGGGUGCUUAUCGCAGCAUCUGUGUCCUCGGCUCAAAUGGUCAAGUUUGAUGUCUCCAUUUUGAUGUCUCCAUCGUUUCCUGAUGCUGACAUUGCGACCCCUGGCGAAUUUGUCACGUACGAGAGCUCUGUUCAAAGUCCUGGUCUUCUGGCUUUGCGGUGCACUGACCAAUACGCCACCUGUACUAGUGUCACCAGCCCCGACAAUUCCUACUUUACCUCUGGUGCCACAGUGAGUGGCGACUAUUCGUAUGCGGAGGAUUUCCAAGAUUGCAGCCAUGUUAAUGGAAUCUGCUACAUGAGUUGCGAUCCCAGGUGUGAAUGCCAAGAAACCAAUGCAGCUGGUGAGACCCUACCCUGUAAAGAGGGGACUCCUCCCACUUCAUCUCCUACUGUAGCCCCAGCCACUGAAACAGCAGCAUCCCCAGCGCCAACAGCUGCUUCUGCUGCUGCUUCGACCACCCAUGUAAGGUCGACAAUGGCCAUUCUUGGGUCAAUGGUUGCCAUCAUUCUAUGGUAA